UCUACAGUGAAUUGUAAACUCUCAUAUAUGCAAUGUCUCGUUUGCUCCGAUCUGCUGGUACAGCCAAGAAGAUAUUUUACAUGGCGCUGCAUCGGAGCCUAAGCGGUCAGUUGGAGGCAGCACGGUUUCUCGGAUACAGCUCAACCAUCAAGCCCCACGUUCGCGCUUCUAGACGAUCGGGGAAUGAGCAGUGCAUUCCGCAACCCCAGCGUCGGUUGACGAACUCGGCUGAUCGGCCCCGCGAUACUUCUGCACUUAUGACGGAGACAGAACAUGGGAAGUCCACACAGUCGGACGUCAAGUCGCGGGCGGGAUCCAGCGUACGGACGCUGGAGCCGCACUUGUACGUCUCGGCUAACACCUUCCAGAAGCGCGACAACUUGCUCGUGCUCGACCUGCUCAACACUGCGUUCCGGCGCGCGCCCAGCGAGGACCAACAGUUCCUGGAUGUCGGCUGUGCCGUGGGCGACUUCACGCGCGACGUGCUGCUGCCGCGUAGCUCCCCUUGCUGGCGCAUCGUGGGCACGGACGUAUCGAGCUCCAUGAUAGCGUACGCAGAGCGCUUCUACUCGCAUCCGCGCAUCACAUACGACGUGCUGGACCUCUCCCACGACGUGUCACCGUUCGUGGAACGGUACGGCCGCUUCGACCGCGUCUACUCCUUCUUCUGUCUCCACUGGAUCCGCGACCAGGUGGGCGCACUGCGCAACAUCCGCAGCCUGAUGACGCCCGAAGGCGAGUGCCUGCUCCAGUUCUGCGCACGCACGCCCGUCUACACACUCUGGAGAGACUUUGCCCUCAUGGACCGCUGGAAGAACCGCAUGUCGGUGAGUGUACUCGCCAUGCAGAACACUCAGCAUAUCUCCUAA